AUGCUGUCAGAAGGGUAUCUCUGUAGGAUUCUUCAUCAUGAUCACUUGAAUUACAAGCUGUGCAGCAAGCAAGGAGAUGAAGCAGCACAUGAGAUGACCACUUUGAAUGAUACCACCUUUGAAUCCACAGAGGAAACACAGGACAGAAAUCUGUUUUGGAGGUGCAGGUCUUUUGGCAAAUUCAUCUUUUCUGUCUGUUCCAAAGAAAACAGAAACAGUGGAUAUCAGAAGGAUGAACUGACACAAGCUACUCAAAACCCAGUAUUUGAAAGGCAAACAUCUCCAGCUGUGGAAAUUUGUAUAGGUUCUACAAUAAACAGAGACACUUAUCUUGUUCCAUCUUCUUGUAACAGUAUUUGCAAAAACUACAAUGACUUGCACAUUGCUGGGGGCCAAGUGAUGCCUAUGAGCUCAGUAAAAACAGAUUUUAAUUAUGACAGUGGGAUUGGUCCAUUCUUGGAAUCAUCAGAGAUCCCGCCACCGAUGGAAUCCAUAUCAGUGCCACCUAUGGAGGUCACUCGCAAGCCAACUCAAGGGUAUUCAUCGUGCUGGCGAGUAGCCAGCAUCAUGCAGCAGCAGCAGCAGCCCCUCUCUAAUUCAGUACUGAAUGACUACUUGGAGGAGAAGGUGGUGGAACUCUACAAGCAGUAUAUCAUGGAUGGCAUGGGCAACAGUACAUCUCCCACUCAGAUCUUGGCAUCAGAAUUCAUCAUAACCAAUGUAGAUCAAAUUAGUGUGAAGCUAUCGCAAGAGAGAAACAUGAAGACCACCAAAGCCAAAGACAUGGUAAUUAGCUGCCUAUUGCGACUAGCCAGUGAGAGAGCAUCUACUGAAAUGAGCACUCCCAGCCUCCAUAUUUCCCAGUUCAGCACAAUUACUAAAUAAAAGUUGGAUGAAGCUUGAAAUCUCACAGACUUUUAUUUUUAAAAAUAAUGUUUAGUUUUUGUACAGUUGAGUUUUUGUACAGUUUACGUCGCCACAGUACCAAUUGUAAAAUAUUUUACAGGUGAACUCCUGCA